AUGAUUUUCCUGCGGGUUGGGGCAGUUCUCGACCCAGCUAGCUACGACUCAACACGGAGUGGGUCCGCCCGACGAACGACGUCGGCGGGCGACCAUGGAAGAUAUAUCCGUUGCAGAAUAGGAGCGGCGGGCCUAACUGGCAACAAUCCGCGAGCCUGGGGAAGCGUUCGGCCGUCGUGA